UGGUUUCAUUCUUGAAGUUCUCUUGCCAAUACAAGAAGAGAUUCCGUUGCAGCAAAGAGCCGCAGCAGCUUCGCUAUUAGGGAAGCUUGUUGGCCAGACUAUGCAUGGGCCUAGAGUGGCGAUAAGUCUGGCAAGAUUUCCUUGUCUCGGUAAUCAGGGAUGGUCCUGGUGAAGCAGUUGUGAUUGCUCUUGAACAAACAACAAAACUCCUGAACUAGUCUGGACUCCAGCAAUGGCUGCAUCAUUGUCUGCACAAAUAGCAACUAUGGCUUCGGAUCUGUACCGUGAACAUGUGAAAGGACGUGUUGUUGAUUGGGAUGUACCUGAGCAGGCCUCUGGCCAACAGGAGAUGAGAAAUGAACCUCAGGUUGGAGGGAUCUAUGUUAGGUUAUUCCUGAAAGAUCCCAAAUUUCCACUUAGAAAUCCCAAGAGAUUUCUUGAAGGGCUGCUGGAUCAGUACCUUACAUCCGUUGCCGCCUCACAAUAUGAUGGCCAAGCUGUUGACACUGAACUUCCUCUACUUCUUUCUGCUGCCCCGGUCUCUUUACUCAGGAUGUACCCCGCUCUUGCAGAUCAUGUUGGAUAUCUUGGUUAUGUGCCCAAACUUGUGUCUGCAGUAGCCCAUGGAGCAAGCAGAGAAACAAUAGCUUCAGAAACCUAUGUAUCUGAGGAUGGUUCGUUGCAACAAAAUUCACAAACUCCUCCGGAGCGAGUUCGCCUUAAUUGUUUACGUGUUCUACAUUAGCUUGCAGGUAGUUCCACUUCUGUCGAACGCGAUUGGUUGGCAAGGUGGAAGCAUCCUAGCUCUUGAAACCUUAAAGCGUGUUGUAGUUGCAGGGAAUCGAGCAAGAGAUGCACUUGUUGCACAGGGUCUCAAGGUUGGUCUUGUGGAAGUUCUUCUUGGCCUUCUUGAUUGGCGAGCUGGGGGAAGAAAUGGGCUUUGUUCACAGAUGAACUGGAAUGAGUCAGAAGCAGCAAUUGGCCGGGUUCUUCAAAUUGAGGUCUGUACCAUAUCAUGAUUUGUGUGAACACAUACUGCCUUUUCUGCAUGGUGGUUUGGAAAAUUCAGAUGGUGCCUUUAGAUUAAAUGAUAAAUGGCUUUAUAUCCAAGUAUAGAACAUUUGCAAUGAACUAACAUAAAAUGCCAGACCAACCUUGUGGGACAGAAGUGGUGCAUAAUUAGCAAAAGAAAUUAUGUUCUGAAUUCAUAUGAUAAGUUGCUCAAGGUGGUCUG